AUGGCCAACAGGGAACUGGCGGUAGGACUGGUCUUCUUAACACAGACUACGGUUGGCAUCCUGGGCAAUUUCUCACUUCUUUGUCAUUAUGUCCUCCUCUCCUUCACCGACUACAGGUUGAAGUCCACAGAUUUCAUUCACAAGCACCUGACUGUGGGCAACUUCUUAUCCCUGCUCUGUAGAGGAGUCCCCCAGACCAUGGCAGCAUUUGGGUGGAAACAUAUCCUCAGUCACUUUGGAUGCAAACUCCUUUUCUUUCUUCACAGGGUGGGGAGGGGAGUAUCCAUUGGUAGCAUCUGCAUCGUGAGUGUCUACCAGGCCAUCACAAUCAGCCCCAGAAACUCCUGGUGGGCAGAGCUUAAAGUAAAAGCUCCCAAGUACGUUGUUCCCUCCAUCAUCCUGUGUUGGAUGCUGCAAAUGCUGGUCAAUGUCAUUUUCCCUCUCUAUUUAACUAGCACAUCGAGUGAGAAAAACAUCACAAACAAAAAGGAUUUCGGAUACUGUUCUUCGGUUCGUCAUGACAAAACCAGCGCCUCAUUGUAUGCAGCACUGUUGUCAUUCCCUGAUGUGCUGUGUUUGGGGCUCAUGCUCUGGGCCAGCAGCACCAUGGUUCUCAUCCUGUACAGGCACAAGAAGCGGGUCCAACAUAUACGAAGAACCAUUUCUUCCAGGUCCUCCCCUGAGUCCAGAGCCACCAAAACCAUCCUUCUUCUGCUGAGCACCUUUGUCUAUUUUUACACCCUCUCCUCUGUCUUUCAAGUUGUUUUGUCUCUUUCUGAUAAUCCCAGCGGGGUCCUCCUGAACAUCACUGCAAUCAUGGCGAUGUGUUUCCCAACUGUCAGCCCCUAUCUGCUCAUGAGCCGUGACCCCAAGGUACCUAGGCUCUGCUUUGCCUGGGCAGGGAAUAUAAAAUCCCCUCAUCUUAUGAGAAAUAUGUAA